UAAAAUGAGCGGUGAUGUGGAUUACCCGCAAGGAUGUCUUCCAAUUCUUAACUCAAAUAAUGUGACACAACAAAUUGAACGCUUACGAAAACUAUUUAACUGUCUCCAUGACUGCAAAACAAACAAUAGCGAAGAAGUAUCGUCUCCGAAUCGAUUCGCAAGGCUUUUCCAACAUUUAUCACAAGAAUGCUUCCUUGACAAUUCAAAUACAGAUUUUCGGAUCCUUCUUUCACUUUGUCUCGCGAAUAUUCUGCGAAUCUUCCAGCCAGAGCUACCGACGCCAAGUGUAAUGGAUUUAAAGGAGGUUUAUAUCUACCUUUUCCGUACCAUGCGAGGACUCGGAGACGUUACUCAGGAUAGUCCGAAGUUUAAAAAUUACUUCUCGUUGGUUGAGACAAUGGAGAAAAUCAUUCCACCAAUCAUCGAAAUGAAGGAUCACGAUGAUAAAGAAGCAACUCCGGUGUUCCGAGCGUUGAUCAAGGAUAUUCUGGCGAUUCCGUGUGGAAAAGGAUGGAAUCAGAAUCUGAAAAAAGAAGCGCGACUUUUGAAAAUUCAAGAAAAUGACGAUGAUUCAAUGAAUGAUGACGAAGAAGAUGAGAAUGCCGCCGAAAAAAUUCGGAAAUCUUUAAUUCAAAUUGCAACGACAGUGAUUACUAAUUUGGAUUUUGUUCAGAACGAGUGCCUUGAUGUUUUGUUUUAUCAUAUUAUUAAUCCACAGAGAAGCAAUUUCGCAGAAGCACGUGCACUGGCAGAAGAUAUCAUCCGAUCCUGCAGUGAUAAUGAGUCAGACACUUUAGCAAAUUCCAUUCGAAGUACAAUGACAGCAGCCGCAAAAGAAGGGAAACUUCCAGAAGAAUUCGAGUUAACUGGUUCCAGUAAUCGAAGUAAAUUCUUUGAAGUACUCCGUUAUCUUCACUACGUAUCAUUUGAUUUGGUGUCUGGCGCUAUUCAAGAACUCAAAUUUUGGCUUCAGUCAGAAAAUGAGCAGUACCGAAAAGAAGCAGUGACAGUCGUUGGAAUGUUGACACGUGACAAACAUUGUCAAUUCGGAAUGGAUUCAAAUGAUCCAACAUGGAGUGCUUUUUUGAAUGCGUCUAUCGAUCAAGAUGAUAGUGUUCGACACGAAUUUGUGCAACAAUCGAAAGAUAUUCUAAUUUCGAAUCAUUCACAUCUCAGGGGACAGAUUAUUAAUAGCCUGCUACGUCUCUCCGUUGAUUUAAAUGACGAUAUUCGACGAGAUGUUGUAACUGGAGUUACUGAAGUGGCAAAAACGAAAUUAGAAGUUAUUAGUGAUAAAAUGCUAAAGGCCUGUGCCGAGCGGAUGAAGGAUAAAAAGCCAAAAGUCCGAAUUCAAGCGAUCAAACGUCUAAUGGAUCUUUAUAAUCAUGUGAUGACGUCAUCACCUCAACCAUUUUUCUCAAAAGAUGGAAGUUGUGCACCAAAAGAUUCAAAAGAAGCGACAUUAUCAUAUACUGAAUCAGAAAAAGAAUCAGUUCGAUUCAUUUCAACGGCAGUUUUUAAUGUUUAUAGAUUGACACAAAGAUUGCCAGCUUAUCACGAUGCAAGAGCAAUUAUCGAAAGAUAUUUCCAAUUAUAUCUUGUUCCGUACAAAGUUGAACCAAAAUUGAGAGUUCGAUUAAUGGCGGAUUUAUUCAGAAAUCUUGAUGAUAUUGGAUGCAUGUUAUUCGGAGACAUAAUCAAUCGUUCCUCUCAACUUCGUCGUGCGAUGAUCGGAAUUCUGAGCCAAGUUGGACAAUUCACAGAAAUGACAACUCAAUCAUCAGCUCAAUUGAAAGAACGAAUUCGUCGAAUUUGUCAAAUUUUCCCCGAUGCACAGAUUCUCGAGAAAAAUAUGAUGGUAUUUGUGAAUCAAAUGGCUGAAAAUGAUGAAACGUUUAAUCUUGUGAAAAAGUUAAUGUCGGAGAGUUAUACCAGUGAAGAGAAUGCAAGGACAGCUGGAGCGUUACAAGCAAUAAUGGAGAAGAAAAUCAGCUCGAAGGCUCAGCAGACAGUUUUCCGUCAUUUUAUUGAUCGAAUUGUACCACUUUCUUUUGAUGUUCCAACUGCAAAAGAAAUAAUCCACCUGGUUUCGGAUACCGUAUGCGCCAAAGUUGAUCUAAAGAAAUGGGCAGAAAACUGUUUUGAGAAGGAUUUGAGCCUUUUAAAGAUAUUCACUGAUAAUUUUGGAUAUCUUUUUGCUGAUGAACAGAUUAUUGAAGAAAUUCGCUCGAAAAUUCUCGCGUCCGAAGAACCAAUUGCCAUUGAAGCAGCUCUUCACGUGUUGAGCAAGAUUUUCGCUAAUUCACAUUUUAGAAAUAAAUUGGAGAAUGAGGCGACACACAAGGAAAAAUGGUUUUUGUUGCUUGGAAAGGAUCUUAAGGAUCUUGUAAUGAGAGAGGAACCAGAACUUCGCAGAAGCUGUAAACUAGCCACCCGUCUUCUUUCAUUUAUUCUCGGAAAAGAAAAGGUUAUCGAAUUUUUCGAUGACCAAAUUGAACAACUAAUUAGCCGACUCUAUAUUGAAUCUCAAGGAGCAGCUAAUGCAUUUCAAGUACUCGGUGAAAUUUUCCGAUGCGAUAUUUCAUAUUAUUUACCUCAAGUUAUGGAUGUUGUUGAAUCUGAAAAAAUUGGACCAAUGAUUUUAACAUCUUCAAUGCAUGGAAAUGAUGAUCCAGUGGAAUUUAAUGAAUUAAUGCAUAUUGAAAAACAACCAUGGCCAAAGUAUGCUAUGGCAAAGGUUUACGCAGCAAAAUUCGCAACAAAAGUGCUAACUGUCUACCCACUUAUACCAUCAACCGAAGAUAAACGAAGAAUGGAAAAAGCUGCUCAAAAUUUCAUUGAUUUGCUCAGUGAGAUAAUUGAAAAGAAAGGCGAUUUAGGUGGAAAGCAAUGUGAUCUCGAACAAGCGCGGCUCCGAGCAACAGCAUCUGGAUGCCUUUUGAAGUUGGCGUCAGUGAUAACGUAUAGAACAAAAUUGAAUACUCAUAUAUUCAAAAAUAUGUCAUAUAUUAUUACUGAUGAGGCUUAUUGUGUACGUCUCUACUAUGCACUUCAUGUCAAGAAAGGUUUAAGCAAAAAUCGACUCCCAAUCGAAUUUGCUGCUUGCUACGGACUAGUGAAUCUUGGUUUAUCAGAAGAAGACGGAGAGAAUAAAAUGGACGGUUUCAAGACAAUAUGCAUGAAUCAAGCACAACAAGCAUUUGGAGAAAGAAAUGAUAAUCAAGCAACUCUACUGAAACUGGAAGGUCCUCAGCGGGCGAUUUUCUGUUCAGAAUCUGUCAUUGCGUAUGUAGUUUGGCUUCUUGCCAACUAUGAUAAGUUGGAAAAAGUGGAAGGUAAUGCGAAUAGAAAUGAUUCUUCGGAAGAACUAGAGAUCAAGGUGGCCAAUGUUAAUCUUCUUUCCGAACUUCAAGAAUCACUGUGGCUCGUAAUUGACUCUUUGAAAAUUGCCAAAUGUAAUAUGCAAAAAGUUUGGAAAGUUCUUGAAAAGUUGAAAACGUGUGGAGAUAAGUCAAUGCGUUCGGAUUCUAGUCUUUCGACGACUCGGCUCAGAGAGCACAAUGAGAAACUGUGGGUUCUGUGUGAUCUUGGUAUUACAAUGAUGCUCUAUCGUGCAAAACUUCAAAUGGAAGAUCAAGAAGCAAAAGAAGCUGGUUUUAAUCUUCAAUUCUUUUAUGUUUGUUCUCCAAAAGAUAAGGCUGAUCCAUCAAAUGUCUAUGCCCCGGAUGUAUUGAUUAAUGAUGAAAAGAAUCGAAAUGGUCGAAUACCGAAGCCAGGACGAGUAUUCCACGUGUCAGAUCUUACAUCAGAAUUUACUCCACCGCCACAAGGAAAUGAAUCGACGGGAUCGAAUUCGUCGAAGAAUGCAUCUAGAAGAGCGAAUGUGACAGGAACGGGCAGAAAACGAGGAGGUGCAGGCACAAAAACCACGAAAAGAAAAAGUGGUGGAUCGAAAAUUAGUGAUGAUGAAGGAGAUAGUAUGGAUGUUAAGUCACCAGCUGUAAAGAAAACAAGAAGUAAACGAGGUGAAUAUGAUUUACCAGAUGAAGAAGACGAAGAAAUGGAAGUAAUUCCUUUACCAAAGCGACGUGGAGCUGCUCCAGACUCAACAAUUGCAUCAUCGUCCUCAAAUGGCUCAAUUCUGAAAAAUGGAAGUGGUCCAUCACCGAAAAAACGGAAUUCCAGAGGAUCGGUUAAAGGACGACAGAACAGUACGAAGGAAGCUGAAAUUGAUGUGGAUUCAGAUGAAGAAAUGGAAGAAAUAACUGAAAAACGAGAUAAUGUGUCGCUUGAUAAUCUCAUAAUUUCGCCGAUUUUGGAUGAAUCGUCUGGAAGAACGCGCCGAAGUGCUCGAACGAUUGCCGCCACAGCAACAAUCACUUCUUCAACUCCAUUAGUGCCCACAAAACCGAAAAUUACAAAACGGAAAAGAUCAGAGGCUGUCGUGGAAGAAGUUGAAGACGAAGAACCAGAGAUUAAUGAUAAAAAAUCACCAUCUCCGAAAAAACGAGUUUCUGGAAGACGAUCUGCUCCAACUCCAACUAAAAAUAGUAAAAAAGCACCAGUUUCACCCAAAAAGAAGACACUAAUCAAAGAAACUAAUGGAGUAUCACCGAAGAAGAAUAAAUAUGGAUUACCAAUGGAAGAAGAUGAUGAUUCUAUUGGAAAAACGCCAAAACCGACAGCUCGAACCUCCAGACGUCUCUCCAAAAAAUAAAUUAUUAUUUUUUCUCUAUUUAUUCCGUUGUUGUUGCUUGUCCUUGAUGAUUUUUGGAUCUCGAUUUUUUAAAUUCUAAAACAUUUUCUCUUAUUUCUCUUCGUACCUCAAGCUGCUCCUGUACCGUAUUUAUUUUUUCUAUUUUUUCAAAUUUCUCUCUUAUUUUUUGCAUAUGUACCGACACACGAGAAAAAUAAAGUACAUUUUUAUU